AUAUUUCAGAUUUAUAAAUAAAAAAUAUUUGUUGACAAUUGUUACAGAUAUAUAUAUUUUAUAUAAUCUAUCUAAAAAUAAAUAUUAAUAAGUAUUAAAUAUUAGGAGAGAAAAAAGAAUAUUUUUUGAAAAUGUCAUUAAGAAAAUUUAUGCAUCCAAGAAAUAAAUAUAAAAAAAUACCAGAUUUCAAAGAACUUGCUUUAUUAUAUCCAGAAUUUCGUGAUAUUGCAAAUAUUGAUUUAACAGGAAAGAUAAAGAUUGACUUUAAAAAUGAAGAAAGCCUACGUGUGCUUACAGAAGUUUUAUUAAAACAUGAUUUUAAUCUAGAAGUAAAAAUACCUCCGAAUAAAUUAGUACCAACUCUGCCAUUACGAAUAAAUUAUAUUUUAUGGAUUGAAGAUUUAAUGAAAUAUAUUUCUUUUAAUGAAAUGCAAGAAGUAAUUGGCAUAGAUAUUGGUACUGGGGCAGUUUGCAUUUAUCCUUUAUUGUUUGCAAAAAUGUAUGGAAAUCAAAUGAUUGGUACAGAAGUUGAUGAAACUAGUAUACAAACAGCAAUUCAACAUAUUGAAAAUAAUAAAUUGCAUCAUAUAAUAAAAGUAUUUAAAGUAGAUGAGGGAACAAUAUUGAAGGAUAUUAUGAAAGAAAAUAAUAUCUAUCACUUUACAAUAUGUAAUCCACCUUUUUUUGAAAUAGAAGAAUUAUCAGAAAAAAUAAUAAAACGUUUACCACCAAGAAAUGCUUCAACUGGAAACAAAGUUGAACUUACAGUUCAAGGUGGUGAAAGAGCAUUUAUAACACAAAUGAUCGAAGAAAGUAUAAAGAUUAAAGAAAAAAUAAAAAUUUAUACCACAAUGUGUGGUAAGAAUAAUUUAUUAUGUUUAUUAAAAUUUUUAAAACAAAAAAAUAUAGAAAAUGUGACAUGGACAGAAUUUUGUCAAGGUCACACAAAGCGAUGGGGAUUGGCUUGGUCAUUUUUACCAAAAGAUAUUGUUAAUUUGAUAAAUGCUCCAGUUAUUAGAAAAAAUGAAAAUUACAUUGCAAAAUUACUUAGACAACAACGUCCAACAGAAAUACAAUUUCCAAUACAACAUAGAUUUUCUUCUUUUGAUAAUUUAAUUAAUUUUUUGGAAGAAAUAAUGAAAGAAUUAAAUGUACAAAUCAAAGAAUUAAAUUUGCCAAUUGAUAAUUUUAAUGGUUGGUCAUGUCAGCUAAUUGCAGAAAAUGAUACAUGGUCACAUGCACGUAGAAAACGUCGAUUAGCUCAAAGAUUAAUAAAUCAAUUUAUAGAUCAUAACACAAAAUGUAUAACUACAACAAAUGAUAUAGAACAUUCUACAAAAAAAUUAAUAAAAAAUACUUCAGAAGAUAUAGUUGAAGAACAAACAAUUAAAGAAUUACAAAAAACUGUUAUGAAAGAACCUUUGUUAAUAUGUAACUUUUUUGCUGAAGUAAUAGAACAUGAAGAAGCUAAAGAUAAUGAUGUAAAAAUAUUUAUGGUCCUUGAAAAAGGAACUGGUGGCAAGAAUGCUUUAGAAACAUUUCGACAAUAUUUAAUAAACAGAUUAGAUAUUAGAGAAUAUUUUCAAAAACCAUGUGAAAGACCAAAUAAAAAGAAACGAAAACGAUUAAAAGCAAGCAAAAUUGAAAUGAAUUUAAAUCAAAUUAAAAAUUCUAUAUAAGAUAUUAUUGUUCUAUACAAAAUGAUUUAUUUUAUAUGUAAACUUUAUGAAAUUAUAUAACAGGUAACAUAUGUAAAUCAAAUAUUAACUUUAUUAUAUAUAAUCAAUAAUCCUUAUUAACUAGCAUUCUUCAUUGUACAUUUUAACUAACAAGUGCAAUAUAAUAUCUAUGUUGUAAAAUAUACAAAUUUAAAUGAAAAC